UGGGAGCGAUCCUGAGUGCCUGGCAUGAGAGACUGACAUUAAUAGCAGUCAGAAAAUCCAUUUCCGUGGCCACCUUGAGAUGCAGUAGUCGAAAAAUGUGGAACGAGUCAGUUAAUUAACUAUGGUUAAUCGAUAGAUGAAUGUCGUGGCAACUGAGGAGGUGGCAACACUGACAUGUUGCUCUACAUCGCAGAGAUAUAUGAUCUGUAAUUCAGUGUUGCGAGUUUUGUGUAUUGUUUGCGUUUGUUAGUAUUUACUACCUAAUAAAGAUGCCUGUGAGUAAUUUUAAGGAGCCAUCAGAAGCUUUGAAAAAUUGGAUAAACGACAAAUUGUCAAGCAUUCUUGAUUUUCCAGUGCCACAGGACUUAAUACAGUAUAUUGUGUCAAUAGAAAAUCCAAGAGAUUUGAAAGAGUACUUGGGUACAUUGAUAAACCUGAGUGAUGCUCAACAUCUUCAGUUCUACACAGAAUUACUUCAGAGACGUCAUGGGGGAUUAGAUAGUGGCUCUGAUUUGCAGAGCUACAGGAAAUCCAAGGAAGAAAAUUAUGUUACUCCAAAAGACACGGGAAAGAAAAAGAAAGAGAAAGGUAAAGCGAAUAGAAAUCAGGAUGAUGGAAGUCGUGCAGCAAAAGAUACUGUAAAGGAGAUCACAGCAAAGAAGAAAACUAAAUUUAUAAACCUGUACUCUCAAGAAGGCCAGGCUAAAGAUGUUGUUUUGCUGAAAGGUCGACAUCGCUGUGACUGCCAAGCUAGCAAACAUGGGCUUAUUAACAACUGUCUGCAUUGUGGCAGAAUAGUUUGUGAACAAGAAGGCUCUGGACCUUGCUUUGUUUGCAAAAACUUGGUUUGCACACAAGAGCAGCAGCAAGUGCUAAAUGCAGGUUCUAAACAGUCUGAUUAUUUGUACAAGAAGCUCCUGGAACAGAAGCCUCAGGGAUUGGAAAAUGCUAUACAACAGAGAAACCGCCUGUUGGAGUAUGACAGAACAAGUCAGAAGAGGACACAUGUGAUCGAUGAUGAAAGUGAUUACUUCUCUUCAAAUUCAUCCUGGCUAACUAAAGAAGAAAGAGAGAAGUUGCAGAAGCUGGAGGCAGAGAUGAGAGCUAAGCGACAUUCUUCUCGUCUCGAUAGAAAAGUGACACUUGAUUUUGCAGGCCGUAAAGUAGUGGAAGAGGAUGACAUGCAAGACUUGUUAACUACCCAGGAUAGAAUACUGCAAGAGAUCAGUGAAAGUAUAAAUAGCCCAAGAAAAUACGUGAGUGGGAACGAUGUACAUCCUGGAAUGACUUGUCCCCAGCCAAUCUAUCAGGAAGUUGCCAUUCCAGGCGCUGAAAAUUAUAUACAGAGAAGUUAUCAGGAAGAUGACAUAAGGCAAAAUAUCCAUAGAGUACAAGACAGAGAAUUAUUGGAAAUGUCGGAUGAUGGUUACUGUCUAAGCAUGCAUCAGCCAUGGGCGUCAUUACUUGUAGCAGGCAUCAAACAGCAUGAAGGUCGAAUGUGGUAUACUGCACACAGAGGCCGUCUGUGGAUAGCUGCAACAGCUAAACCGCCACUCCAAGAAGAUAUAAAAGAAGUUGAAAAUAUGUAUGAAGUUCUUAAGGGAGACAGGAUAAAGUUCCCAAGUAGCUAUCCAACAAGCUGUUUGCUUGGAUGUGUGAAUGUUGUGGAUUGCCUUCCGCAAGAGGAAUACAGAGAGAGAUACCCUGAUGGAGAGAGUGAGUCACCAUUUGUUUUCAUCUGUGAGGACCCACAAGAAUUGCCAAUUAGAUUUCCUAUUCAGGGAAAACAUAAAAUAUAUAAGUUGGACCCAAAAAUUCACCAAGCAGCACAGAAAUCAUUGCAGAGGCUGAAAAAGAUCCAAUCCGAACGUGCUUCAUGUGACUAGAUGUUGAGGAGAAACAUUCUGAAUGCAUAAUUAGUGAUUAUUUAUUUGUGAUAUAAGUAGAUGUUGUUUCUGAAGGAACAAGAAGUGAAAUUUGUGGAAGAUUUCUGUUUUACUAAGGUGUACAUAUUGCGAAUAAAGCUUGUUCAGAUGACAGAUGUGUAAAAGCAUAUAAAUUUGUACCAAAGAAAACCAUAUAAAUAAAGCCACAUAAAUGUCAA